AUGCUGCCGCUCACAGAGCCGCGCUCCGCCGCUCCCGCUAAAUCCUCCCGCCGCCCGCCGCCCGGCCCGCCCCUUCCGGCGCGCCCCGCCUGCGUCACCGCAGCGCGCCGCAGCAAGCGGAGCGCGCUUAUUGGCUGGGUGGCGCUGUACGGCGGAAGUGCCGUGCAGGGCAACGGGCGCUUCGGGAGCCGCCGGUACCGCGAGGCCGCGCGCCUCUACUCGCAGGCAGCGUCCCUGGAGCGCCCCGGCGGCCCCGACCUCUCCCUCUGCUUCGCCAACCGCUCCGCCGCCCUCUUCCACCUCGGGCACUUCCAGGCUUGUUUGGAAGAUAUUUCAAGGGCACAAGGUCAUGGCUAUCCAGAUAAGCUGCUGCCCAAGGUCUUGCUGCGGAAAGCGGAAUGUCUGCUGUGUUUGGGAAGGUUACAGGAUGCAGCAGAGGCACUCAGUGCAGUGGAGAAAAAAAUCACUGAGUGUCAGACUGUGACUAGCACCGCACACCAGGCACUGCUAAAAAAGAUAAGUCAGCUGAAGAAAAAAGUACGUGAGAAAGAGAGCUGUCCAGAGCCUGCAUCAGAAGCACAUGAUGCCAUUCAAAGAGAAUCGGAGAUCUGGGAAGAGAAUGACAGUAUUUCAGGUGCAUCUUCAUCUCUGAGCCUGAGGUUUGAUUUAGAGAGAGGACGUCAUCUGGUGGCCUCUCAGGACAUUUUAACAGGACAGGAUCUAUUGAAAGAGGAGGCCUUUGUGAGUGUUCUCUGCCCAGGGGAGAGUCUUCUGUUGCCUGACGGUAAUGAAGCCACAUGGGACAUUCAGGUCACUAAUGCAGAUCUUUAUUGUCACCGCUGUCUGAAGCAGCUCUUGGCCUCUGUGCCCUGCAGUGGGUGUAGUUAUGCAAAGUACUGCAGCCAAAAGUGUGCAGAUCAGGCGUGGAAACAAUACCACAGGACAGAGUGCUCCUUGGGAGCACUGCUGCUCACCGUAGGGGUCUUCUGCCACGUUGCCCUAAGGACUGUUCUGCUGGCAGGAUUUGCAGAGGUUAGCAGGCUGGUGGAGCAGUCCCAUGAUGAUGACAAGGACCUUCAUAACCCUGAGGCAAGAUGUAAGCAUCUCAACAAGGCACCCAAUCCUAGAGCUGGUGUUCCUGGGAAAGCAGAGCCUCUGAUUCCUGGCUGUAAUGACAGUGGUCGGUACCAGAGUUCUUACCAAGCUGUGUUUAACCUUCUGCCACAUACUGAGAAGCACAGCCCAGAACAUAAGUUCCUUUGCCUGCUAAGCGUUGUAGCGAUAUGCAAAAAGAUACAAGAAACUGGUCUAGAGGCUGCUGUUUUGAAUCGGGAGGAAUGUGAAGAAUGGGUCAAACCACAAGCAUGUGGAAACGGGUCUGAUGAACUGUCUCCACGGAUGAAGAUUAUGGCAGAAGCAAUGCUGAGGCAUGUGUUGCAGCUGCAGUGUAACGCUCAAGCCAUCACUGUAAUGCAAGAGUUGGGAUCUGAAGAUGGUGCUGUUGUAAAUAAGAAGCCUGUGCGCCUGGCGACAGCUUUCUUUCCUGUCCUGAGCCUUCUGAACCAUUCAUGCAGUCCCAAUAUCAGUGUGUCAUUUAAUGGGACAUCUGUCACCAUCAGGGCAUCACGGCCAAUCCCAAGGGGCCAAGAGAUUUUUCAUUGCUAUGGGCCUGAUCGAUGUAGAAUGAGGGUUGCUGAGAGACAACAGCUUCUUAGGCAAUAUUUCUUUGAGUGUCGCUGUCAGGCAUGCCUCGAAGAGCUAGGAUCUGAUGGCAAGAGUCUGCUGUCCAUAAGAAACUCAUUCUGCUGCCCUAGCUGCCAGGCUUCAAUGCAGGGGGAAGACCUACUGUGUUGUUCAAAUGGAGCUUGUGCACUCUUGGUCAGCAGAGAGAGCCUGUCACAACGCCUGUGGGACCUUCAGCAACAAAUCAAGAAAGCAUUAAAGCUGCUAAGUGACAACAAGAGUGAUCAGGCCAUCAAAAUGCUCCUGAAGUGUCAGUCAGAUGCUGGGAACUUCCUGUCUCCAGAGCAUUUGCUGAUGGGAGAGGUGGAGGAUCAUCUGGCACAGGUCUAUGCCACUCUUGGAAAGUGGAAAGAAGCAGCCAGGCACCUGCAGAGCAGUAUUCGGAUAGUGGAAAUUCAUCAUGGGCCAUCAAGUGUAGAAAUGGGUCACGAACUCUUCAAGCUGGCACAAAUUCUCUUCAAUGGAUUUGCAGUUUCUGAAGCUCUGAGCACAAUUCAAAGAGCAGAGGAAAUUUUGUCAGUGCACUGUGGUCCUCAGAGUACUCAAAUACAAGAACUAAAAGAGAUGAAGACUUGCCUGCUAGAGCUUCCCAAGAGCAUCCUUCAGAGGACUUAAAAUUCCCUAUCAAAGAAAGCUGCGAUGCUCGUCUUUCAUCAGAGCUAAGCUUCAUGUGGUAAGGCAGUCAUGUAGUACAAGCUGGAAAAUCGUGCUUAAAAACAACUUGAGUGAACUCUGGAGUGAUCUUUAGUGAGGCUGUUGUAAAUAAAAUUCAAAAUCUA